AUGGGUAAGGGUACUCCUUCAUUCGGUAAGCGUCACAACAAGUCUCACACUUUGUGUAACAGAUGUGGACGUCGUUCCUUCCACAUCCAAAAGAAGACUUGUUCUUCUUGCGGCUACCCAGCUGCCAAGAUGAGAUCUCACAACUGGGCCAUGAAGGCUAAGAGAAGAAGAACUACCGGUACCGGUAGAAUGAGAUACUUGAAGCACGUUUCUAGAAGAUUCAAGAACGGUUUCCAAACUGGUGUCGCCAAGCCUCAAUCUGCUUAA